GAGCAGGGCUGGGGGCUGAGGGGAGAGCGAGUCGGAGCUGGGGGAGGCAGGAGCGGCCAGGCCCCGCCAGCCGCAGGGCGCAGCAGCAGCAGCGGGAGGAGGAGGAGGGGGCUCGCCAGCGGGUCGGUGCCCGGCGCCCCCCCCCCCGGGGAGCCGCCCCUGCCGGGUCCCCCCCCAGCCCGGAGGAGCCGGGGCUCUGACAGCCCGAGAGGAGGAGCCGGGCAGCCGGGGGCACCAUGUCCUCCCCCAGCCCGGGCAAGAGGCGGAUGGACACCGACGUGGUCAAGCUUAUUGAGAGCAAACAUGAAGUCACAAUCCUAGGAGGACUCAAUGAAUUUGUAGUGAAGUUUUAUGGACCACAAGGAACACCAUAUGAAGGUGGAGUGUGGAAAGUUAGAGUGGACCUUCCUGAUAAAUACCCUUUCAAAUCCCCAUCUAUAGGAUUCAUGAAUAAAAUUUUCCAUCCCAAUAUUGACGAAGCGUCAGGAACUGUAUGUCUAGAUGUAAUUAAUCAAACCUGGACAGCUCUCUAUGAUCUUACCAAUAUAUUUGAGUCGUUCUUGCCCCAGUUGCUGGCCUAUCCUAACCCCAUAGAUCCUCUAAAUGGUGACGCUGCAGCCAUGUAUCUCCACCGACCGGAAGAAUACAAACAGAAAAUUAAAGAAUACAUUCAGAAAUAUGCAACAGAAGAAGCACUAAAAGAACAGGAAGAAGGUAACUGUAUUACUCUUCCCCCAGUCUAUUCAAUGACCAGGUAUAACACAGUGAACACUUUCAUGCAUCUCUCAUUUGAAGAAGCCAGUUUUCUAAUAAAAAGGUGUCCCGUCCUAAGCGUCCAAAAGAAUUACAGUUAGAGCUGAAAAUCUAAGGUAGACUCCUGGAAAAGUAAGCACAUGUUUUACUGCAUUGAUUUUCUAGGUUGUGAAGAUGCAGUUUGGCUUCUAUUAGUUGUCCAAGUUGCUCUGACUCCUCUGCACGUUACUUUGUGCAUACAGGCAGCCGAAGCAAGGUAUUUGUGGGUAUAGAUCUGGAACUUCUCCAGCAAGAUGUUUCCUUGGAUAUUAAUGGAGCUUUACACACGAAACCUAUAGCAUUGCCUGCAGCAUGUUGAAAAGAUCAUCAUCUUGGUAUAUUUCAUGUUUGAUCAUUCUCCCCUGUAGUGAUUGCAGCAGGAAAGGAAGCCUACAGUAAAAUUGUCAAAACACCUACAGUUCAAAGGAAUAUGGCCUAGUGUAAAACUCUUGUAGGGAAUAAAUUCAAAUGGAUUUCCCUUCUUUCUAGACUGGAACAGCUGCGUAUUGCCUCAUUCUGCCUUUUCUCCCAUCUUUCACCUCCCUCCCCAUCUCAAACAAAAACCGUCUGUAAAUAAACUACACACCCCAAGACUGGAAGAGAAAAGUGGAAUCGUUCUGAAGCAGGAUGCCCAGUUUUUUUCAGUUCCAGUUUCUUUUGAAAUGCUAAUGUUCGUUUUUCUGAAAGAUCCACUGCCAUUCUUUUCCCUGUUCAGAUGACUGAAUCUCAAAGCAUCAGCCCAGGUGGAACUUAACAAGCCUACUCCAACAUGACUAGGUUUGAUCCCACUGUAUGUAGAUUCGUGCUCUCAGUGAAUCCCUGAAUAUGAAAGCUUGUUAGUAACCUAUUCUGGUUGUUAUGGAAGUAGACUCUUUGGCUUCACAUCUGAUAGCUUGUCACCUUGUUCUUGAGCUUUGUGUGACUUAUACAAAUUGAGAAAUAUCAAAGCUGCCCCAGAUCUGCAGAAGCAUCUCAAGAAGCUACCUACAUUGCUAGGUUAAUCUUGAAUUUCAUCAGGCGUGUUUUCAACUCUUUUAGGUUUCCAAGUGUAUUUUCUUGGUUCAUUUGACUUUCCAUAAUAAUUUUAGACUUUAAAAAUAAAAAUUAAGGAGGGGAGUCUUGGCGAAAGCUACUCUUAAGGGAAUGGCAUCUCGAUAUGAACUGAGUGAAAUAAUAAUGCUUUGUAAAUUAACUGGUAAUGUAUAAACCCUCGGUCAGAGGAGGGGGAAAUGGAAGUUAAAUGCUAUUUCUGUUACCUCUAAUGUUCAAAUUGGCCACUUAGAUUUUUGGGAAUACUACCUACGUAGUCAUUUCUGUAAUCUCCCAUAUCCGUGUUUGAUCGCCACCCCCACAUUAUCUCCCUACAGUGCACACACACCAGGGAGAUGGAUUCCCUUUUUCCCCAUAAGGGAUGAGAAAUUCUGUAACCUGUGCUGCAGUUGGGUUGCCCUGGCUUUUUUCCCCCCUCCCUGCAAGACUAAUCACAGGGCAUUCUGAUGUAAGUGGUAGCUCUCAGGUAUGCAAGGACUCCCCCCACCCCAACCGUGCACCUUUGAUGUCAGUUCUAUACCACACCAUGCAGGGGGCAUUGAGGAGAGGGCAGGGCUGUUGGUUGGUUUUUCUUUUGCUUCUUUUUGCUCAUCUGAAUUCCGCUGACACUUUAGCAGGAGCGUGUGCAGCAUGAGAAAUGGCCAUUAUUUUACUGACUGUAUUUGAUACCUGUUGUGUGAUACUUGAAGAGAUAAAGGGUGUUUUCCCUUCAUUUGAGUCUAAGCUUUUUUCUUUUCUUUUUUUUCCCUUUUUUCUUGCUUUGUGAUGAUGUAGUGGGCAUGCCUGUCACCAUGACAAAUGCCUCUUCUCUAAGAAUAUAACCUCUCAAAUAGUUGUGUAUAAUUAAAGAACUGUAAACUUUUUUAAAUAAAAGAUGUAUAUACCUUGA